ACGAAAGCAGGCUGCGACGACAGCGACGGCGACUGCAACUGCGACCGCGACUGCGAAGCUGAAAAAGGGUUCUCGUUGUGUCCAGGCGGCAUUGCGACAACAGAAGUUCGUCUGGCCUCGAGCUGAGCGGAUAGGCAGAGAGAUCAAAGAUCGAUAUCUUAAGCGCGCCUCACCAGUGUACCAAGUGUUCUUCUUCCUCUUCUUCACAGCUUGCAUUAUCCAACUGUGUUCUAAGCCCAAUCUCAAAAGCACUUUUUAGUGUAGUGUUGUGUAGUUCGUCUUGUGUUGUGUGUUGUGUAGUGUUGUGUGCAUCCUUUUUGAUUUGAUUAUUGCUAGCACUUUUUUGAGUUUUGCAUGCAUUUUGUGUUGAUUGUAUCGUGGUUGUGUCUGGCUCUACUUUGCUGCCCAAGCAUCUUCAACUGUCACAAUGGAGGCCAACUCUCCCACCACUGCUGCCAUCACAGCAACGACAACAGCAGCGACAUCGACCACAGCGCCAUUGGCAUCCACUUCCACAACCAGCUCAACAGUUCCCUCGCCAGCUGCCGUCGCAGCAAAGAACCUCACAGGAAGCGGAAGCCACAGCGCCACAGCGUCCAGCUGCUCGACCUCAGCUACCGUUGCCGCUGCCACACCGACUGCCACGGGCAACAUCAGCAACAGCAACAGCCUAACACAGUCGCUGCCCCAACUGCUGGCAGCCAGCACCAGCAUUGAGCUCUGCAAGCAGGAGGAUGUCCACAAUCUAUCGCUAGCCAGCGGACCCUCUGAGGGUCAGAGAUCACUUUCGGGUGCGCCGUCGGCGUCCUCCAGUCCCAUACUGAGUCCGCAGGGCAAGAUCUUUGGACGCAAUGCAAAUGGCACAAUGAUCACCACGUCGCGUCCCAGCAACGAGGCCGAGGUGCAGCUGUACCGCGUGCUCCAGCGAGCCAGUCUAUUGGCCUACUAUGACACUCUGCUUGAGAUGGGCGGCGAUGAUGUGCAGCAGCUGUACGAUGCUGGCGAGGAGGAGUUCCUCGAAAUCAUGGCACUGGUAGGCAUGGCAUCCAAGCCGCUCCAUGUGCGUCGCCUCCAGAAGGCGCUGCACGAAUGGGCCAACAAUCCGGCGCUCUUCCAAGGUCCUAUGCUGCCGCAUUUAGGACUUUGUGAGACGCCAACGAAGCCAUCGCUGGUCUUCAAUCCGGAUGCCACGCCCGCGCUGUCGCGCAGUAAAUUCUCCUCGUUCAAUCCCGCUGCCUCGUUCCAAGUUUCUGCCAAUCUGCCGUUGGCCACAACGCCCACUCCGGUGUCGGCGCCAAUGCUCUCGCAGAUCAGUCAACCCUCCCCCGUGCUCUGUCCCACUGUGCCGUUGCCCGCUGUGAUGCAGAGUCAAUCCACCUCCCCACUGAUACUGCCAUCCACGCCAAGCGUGACCACGCCCUGUGGCGCCAGCACCGCCCACCAGGUGUCGUCCAGCUCGCCACAGCUGACGCCGGUACUGACCGAGAUGCAGGUGCAGCGGAUCACAAUGUGCGCAGCAAAGAUUGCGCGUCAGCUGCCGCAACGUGAACCCCGGGCACAGACCUCCAAGAAGCGCACCACACGCGAACUGGAGGCGGUGAUUGCCAUGGGUGAACAUGAUCCGCGUCGCAUGGAUGAGAUACGUAAGUACUCGGCCAUCUAUGGCCGCUUCGAUUGCAAGCGACGGCCAGAGAAGCCGCUCACCUUGCAUGAGGUGUGCGUUAAUGAGGCAGCCGCACAGUUGUGUCGGAAUCCUCAGACGAUUUGGUUGCUCACGCGUCGUGAUGAGCUUUUUCCGCUGGCGAGACAGAUUGUCAAGGAUGCGGGCUUCGGGCACUCGGCCAGCAUUGCUCGCUAUGGCAAUCUGUUGUCACAAAUGCCGGGCAACAAUCAGGCGCAAAGUCAACGCAGUGGCGGCGGCGUCGUCUCCAUCGAUGUCGAUUGCGAGUCCAGCGAUGCGGCUGCCGUUGCUGUGCCGAGCAGCAAGCGUCAGCGUUUGUCCUCCACCGAAGCCAGUCAGCUGCCCAUGGAACUCAGUCGGGAAGCUGUUGAGGAUUCACGCUACAAUCUGUUUGCCAUGUACCAAAAGUUUGCCAAGCCGCCGUUCGAUCUAACUGAAAUUGCCAAGUUCUCGCUGGCCAAGACUGCCGACUUUGAGGACAACGAUUCGCGGUUCUCGUUCAGCAACUCCAGCUCGCCACCCAUGCCAGCCAAUGGUCUGGAAAAUGAACGUUCACCGGUCUCAUCCCACGGCCAGUGUCCCAUCGAAACAUCGCACGCCGAUGCCAGAGAUCUGUCUCUUACCGAAUCCAUUGAUCUGACCGCCAACGGAGUUCAGGUCAUCUCGGCCGCUGGUGAUAAUAUUAUUGCUGUCGCAAAUCCCGCCCUGGCACUUAGUCCCACCCUCAAUGAGGUCCUGAAGCGAAAUGCCGCCACACCGGAAUCGUAGAUCGGGAAGGAAUUUUUAGUGCCAGUCUUAAG